CCAAAGUCCACAACCAUGUGCGGCCACUCCUGGGAAGACAGCCCCAACCCGUUUACGAGUCCAAUCGUCUUCUACGCUACUGGCCCAGAAUAUGGACCUUGCACCCUACUGAUUGCCUGCUCCGGCCACCCUUUCUUCUUACACCCCACCUUCACUGAGGAUUGAACCAUCCGCGGGGCAGCCCAGAACUAAGUCAUACACUCACAGACAUACAACAAUUACCCCCCUUGAUUCACCAUGUGUGGUAUCAUUGCCGUGAUCCACGCGGAUCCGAAAUCUAUACACGCUGCCAGCGAGGUACAUGAGGCGUUAUACCUCCUUCAACACCGCGGACAGGAUGCGGCAGGCAUCGUGAGCGGUGACUCGCGUGGACGCUUCCACCAGUGCAAGGGAAAUGGCAUGGCCUCUAGGGUUUUCCAGGAUGGCGCACGAGUUGCUGACCUUCCUGGCUUCAUGGGUCUCGGGCACCUUCGCUACCCAACUGCUGGAAGCAGCGCCAACUCUGAGGCUCAGCCUUUCUAUGUCAACAGUCCGUACGGUAUUGCCAUGAGCCAUAACGGUAACCUGAUCAACGCGCCGGCACUGCGCGAGCAUUUGGACAAGGAGGCACACAGGCAUAUCAACACCGAGAGUGACAGCGAACUGAUGCUGAACAUCUUCGCAAAUGAGCUCAACGAGACUGGGAAGGCGCGCAUCAACGCCAACGAUUGCUUUGCAGCCCUGGAACGGAUGUACAAGCGCUGCGUUGGCGGGUGGGCAUGCGUGGCCAUGCUUGCAGGAUUUGGCUUGAUCGGCUUCCGCGACCCGUACGGCAUCCGUCCUCUGGUCCUAGGGUCUAAGCCCUCCGAAUGCGGCACUGGAAAAGACUACAUGAUGGCCUCCGAAAGCGUGGCUCUAGUCCAGUGUGGCUACAAAGACUUCAAGGAUAUCCUUCCUGGUCAGGCCGUCUUCAUCGAGAAGGGCGAAGAGCCUGUCUUCAGCCAAGUGCACCCUCUGCUGAAGUACACACCAGAUAUCUUCGAGUAUGUCUACUUUGCGCGCCCUGACAGUGUCAUCGACGGCAUCGAUGUUGAUGAGAGUCGUCGCAACAUGGGAUUUACCCUGGCCGAAGCUAUCAAAACCCAACUUGGCCCCGAGAAACUGGCCGAAAUUGACGUCGUGAUGCCCAUUCCGGAGACCAGCAUCACUUCUGCCAUAUGCGUUGCUGAAGCGCUCGACAAGCCAUACGUGCAGGGUUUCGUAAAGAACCGGUACAUAUUCCGCACAUUUAUCAUGCCGUCUCAGAAACUACGGCAAAAGGGUGUCCGAGCGAAGCUCAACCCUAUGCCAAAGAAGUUUAAGGACAAGAACGUGCUCUUAGUUGACGAUUCAAUCGUGCGAGGAACCACGUCGCGGGAGAUUGUACUCAUGACGAGAGAAGCCGGCGCAAAGAAGGUCUACUUUGCCUCGUGCGCGCCUCCCAUCACCAACGCACAUAUCUACGGCAUCGAUCUUGCGUCGUCCUCAGAGCUCAUUGCCCACCACCGAGACUCCACCGCUAUCGCGAAGCACAUUGGCGCAGAUGAUGUCGUUUAUCAAAACCUUGAGGACCUCGUACGUGCAUGUGCGUCCUUGUCACCUCGUAACCCGGCAGAGCAGGAGUUCGAGGUUGGCGUCUUUUGCGGCAAGUAUGUCACCCCAGUAGAUGACGGCUAUUUUGAGCAUCUCGAAAAAGUGCGUGGCGAAAGCAAAAAGAAGAAGGUCGUGGAGAAGGCUCGCGAGGCAGUGAUGCAUGGCGUAGCAGAUCAGACACAGAUUCGUAUGGCUGCGAAAGGAGUGGAGGUUGACCAGCACGGCAACGUCAUUCCCGCCGAAAGUGGAAGUCCGGAAUGGGGCCCGUUGAACGGCACCAGCCUCACCAACGGCACUGUAAAAGCCGGCAGCUUGAACUCGAGCCGUAGACCCAGCUUGGAAGAGCUUCGUGGUGGCUCUGGUCAAGACAUCAGUCUGCACAACCUGAAUGAUCAUCCUUAGGUAGAGCUCCGCGCAGGACGUGAUACGAACUAUACGAUGUUAUGACGGAAGCAAUACACAGGAUCCAUUCGCGUGUGGUCUGACUCACAUUCAGUGGAGGCAUUUUGGUUGGUUUCGAAAUGGCGUAUGCGGUGGCUUGCUCAAGGGGAAAGGCCACAUUCCCUUGGCAUAACCUGAUAAAUGGCUCUACGUGGAGCUUUACCUCUCUGGAUAUCGGGGAGAGAUCAUAGGUGGGUUUGGUGGUUUCCAUAGACUCUAUGACGGUGAAUCAAAAUUCUGCUAGACUCGUGCUCUGCUC